AUGAACAAGGAAAUUUUAUCUGUUCAACAUGAUUAUGCGUCCUUACAUCAGAAGAUCGAUAUCAUAUGUGAUGCUGUUACUAAAUUUGUCAAGAUGUAUGAAGGUUUGAGUCCACAAAUUUCUCAAAUCUCCAGGUCUGAAACUGAAAAUUUUAAAGGAGUGAUGAAGCUGUUGAAAGAGUUGAAGGAGAUAUCCACAAAACCAGUUUCGUCUCCAUUGAUCACUACUGAAUUUUUGUCACAAAAAUUUGUACAGUUCGAAGCUAUUCUAAACAAGCAACUUACUCCACUCUUUUGCAUAUCUAGUCUUCUUCCCGUAACGACUGCCCCUCCUGUUUUCACAGGGGUGCAAAGGGGAGAAAGGAAGUCCACAGAAGAAGAAGCGAAAGUUGUGGGAAAGAGGUGGUGGGAAUGGAGAAGGGUGGCUGUAGAGGUGGUUGUCAAGGUGGGUGAAGAAGAUGAGGGAUCUUUCCCAAUCAGCACUUUAUCAGUCAGAAAUAAUCAAACGGGGCCUUAUAUUGAGUUAAAGAAGUUUGCAGAUGGAGAAAUAUGUUUAAAGCCAUCUGGAAUUGUUUUUGCUGGGAAGGAUAAAGCUGGAAAAGUAAAGAGAUUUUUGUUUCAAGCCAGCGAAGUGGAGACAUAUUCAACAUCUCAAUAUGCGAACUUAAGUGUUCGUAUGAACCACUAUAAAAAGAAUAAUGAAGGCGAUAAGAAGGAAAUGAAGAAGAUUAUUUCUUGGUACACUGAAGUUCGAAGAGUUUUGCUUUACUCCAUCACUCUACUUACAAACUGA